AUGAUGGAUUUUGACGAAAGGGUCCCCGUCGGAUCAAACAUGUAUUUGCCCAGUUGCACUUAUUACGUGUCGGCGGGGGCUGAUUUCUCCGGUCUUCCCUCGUUUUUAUCUCAGACCCCGUCCACCCGCCCCAUGACAUACUCGUACUCCUCUAACCUGCCGCAGGUCCAACCCGUCAGAGAGGUGACAUUCAGGGACUAUGCAGCCAUUGAGGCGUCCGGUAAAUGGCCGCACCGGGGGAACUUGGCCCAGUGCUACCCCGGCGCAGAGGACAUGGUGCACCGGGACUGUCUGUCGGCGCAAACCGCCGUCGUGGGGGAUAUGUUUGGCAAAAACAGUCCUGCAGCAGCCGCUGCCGCGUAUCACCACCACCACCACCACCACACGGGCGCUGGCUCCGCUGCCACAAAUUUUUACGGAAAUGUCGGUAGAAAUGGCGUGUUACCACAAGCCUUCGACCAGUUUUACGAGACAGCGUAUGGGAACGCGUCGGAGAGCUCCACCACACAUGCCUUCUCAGGGGACAAAACAGCGAUCAAGCAGCCUAGUUCUGCGCCGGAGCAAACACCACCGUGCCGGGACACCGAAGCGAAGGAGCAGCGAGAUGAAACGAGCAGCCCAGAGUUAUCUUCCGGCAACAAUGAGGAGAAAUCCAGCAGCAGCAGUGGACAGAGGACACGCAAGAAAAGGUGCCCUUAUUCCAAAUAUCAGAUCAGAGAACUUGAAAGAGAAUUCUUUUUCAGCGUCUACAUAAACAAGGAGAAAAGGCUGCAACUGUCUCGGAUGCUCAACCUCACCGACCGACAAGUAAAGAUUUGGUUUCAGAACCGUCGCAUGAAGGAGAAGAAACUGAACAGAGACAGAUUACAGUAUUAUACGUCUAAUCCCCUGCUUUAGGAAACAGAACAACCCCAUACAACAGUAGUCCCCUUCUGUGGGACUGACUACGUUUACAGACUGACUCUUUCCAGUGUACUAUGCGUACCACAAUGGCCGCGACAGCAGCAAUAGCACUGCUCAAUGGGUUAAUUUCAAGUUCGAGGACAACAGUAAAGUGAUAUGAAAUGCCUUGAAUUGAAACAGUCUGUUGACUUUGAUUUCGCUCCUCACUUUCAAACUUGGGAAAAUGUAGAAACUGUUUUCUGUCCUCCCUAAGACUGUGUAUUAGCGAAGGCCCUUGUUAAUAUUGUAUGAGGCGCAGAAGCCUAGUUUAUUUUCCUUUAACGCGGGCGAAACAAAAAGGAAUAAAAAUAAAAAAUAAAUGAAUAGCAGUCACAAAAUGACUGCUCUGAUGUAUUUUGUAACCAAAAGUUAUAAUUGAUCCCCCUCCUUUUUUCCUUUUUUUUU